AUGAAAAAAAUUUUAUUUAUAUUUAUUUCAUUUUAUUUCAUUCAAUCCAUUUUUGGUGCGAUUGAAAAUAAAAAGGUAAUAAUACAACAAAAUAAUUUUUUAAUAAAUUAUUUAUCACUUUUAAAUAAUUAUGAUUUACCAAAUUCAAAAGUAACAUUGGAAAAUAAAAAUGAUUUAAUUAAAAUUAAUACCACUACUAAUGGAAGUAGUAUAAUUAGUUUUGAUGAUUCAUUAUUUAAGCCAAUUAAAUUAUAUUUUGAAGAUAAAAUUAAUAAUAUUUCGAUUAUAGAAAAUAAUAAAACUAUCAGUUUUGAUUUAUUAUUUAAUCAAACAAAUCAACAGUACUAUAUAAAUAAGUUGCAACAAAUUAAAUCAUUAUCAAUAUUUACAUCAAUUAUUGGGGAUAUUAAUGUUAAAAUUAAUAAUUCAGUAGCAAUUUUAAACAAUAUCACCAAACUUCCAAUUAAACUAGAUAAUGGUAAUUUUGAAAAUAUUUAUAAAUCAAUUUCUCACCAAAUUAUUAAAAAUUUAAAACAAUCAUUAUAUAAUGAAAACGAAAAAAAUUUAUAUGGAUACUAUGAUUUUGAAAACAAGCCCGAACAAACUCAAACCCUUUCAUUUUUAAAAGGUUUUCUAAAUUUUUUACAAAUCUCAAUCAAAAAGAAUUCCCACACAAAACCACAAGCAAAUUUUUCUUUUCUUUAUAACGAUAAUGUAAAUGUUUUUUAUGAUUUGAAAAAUUUAACUAACGCAUCAUAUUACAGCUCUUCAAUAACAUCAUUCUUUUAUGAUUUAUAUGAAUUAGAAGGUUUUAAAGAAUCAAGUGUAUCAUUUUUAAUUGAUGUGUUAAGUAAUAAUGAAAAUGUUUAUGAUUUCAAAACAUAUUUCGUAGAGUUAUUAAAUGCAGCCAAUAAUGAUAAAAAACCAAUGAUUUAUCAAUCAUUAAAUUCAAAUUAUUUGUGUUUCUUUGAAAGUAAUUGCCAAUUCAUUGCACCAAAAACAUCAUCACUCGAAUCAAAUUCAACCUCUGCUCAAUCAAAGACAACCGAUAUAUCCUCUCGUGCUUCAAUUGGUGUAUUGGAAGACCAAGUUAAUUCUAUUCAAUCAUUAUUAUCAGAAGUAGAAGUUGGAAAUCCAAAAACCAUUCCAUUUUAUAGUAUUUACAAUUAUGUUUAUACCUACUCUGAUACAAAUUACGAUGAUUUUAUUCAAAAUGCUAGAAUUGAUAGUCCGCAUACUAAAGACUCUAAAAAUAGAUGUGUUUUCCAAGAUUCUAAAAAUAGAUUUUUCGAUUUAUCACCAACUUCAAAUGUUUUAGGAUCAUCGCAAUAUACUACAAUAAAUGGAAGCAAAAUUUUUUAUUUUAGUCUUUGUGAAGCAUCAACUUUAUGUACUGCUACAGCUGGUGAAGGACCAGUUCAAUCAUGUGUUUCAGUAGGUACCACAACCUAUACAACUGGUAUUACUCCAUUCAGUCAUGUCCAAUUCUUUGAUAAUGGUUUAACAAUUCAAUACCAAUCAGGAAAAAUCGAUAGUACCACGUGUACCAAUCAAACUGGUUAUCAUAGAAUAAGUAACUUUAUUUUAACUUGUGAUACAACUCAAAAUUAUGCAAUUAAAGGCUUUGUUGAAAGUUCGCCAUGUGUCUACGAUGUUAAAAUCUCCACUAAAUUUGCUUGUCCAAUUGAAAACAAAUACUUAUUUGGUAGUAAUCAAUAUGAUUUAAGAUCAAUGAAAUUAGAAUCAUCAUCAAAUCCAUAUUCGUCAACUUUUGAACUCGAUAGAUUCCUUUUCAAUUUGGGUGGAUCUGUUGAUGUAUGUACUACAUUCUCAGGAUUAAGUGGAAAAUAUUAUGGUUGUCUUAUUUUUGGACUUGAAAAAACAACUAUUCCUUUCUCUGAUAAACCAACAGUAUCCAAAGUACCAUUUAUUGCAAGUAGUAAUACAUCAAACAAUAUUUUAAUUUCAUUUAGUUCAUCAUCUACCCCUACCAUUUGUACAACCAAGCCAGAGAUAAAUAUAUAUAUCAGAUGCUCCAAUACUGAAUUUACCGUUUUAACCAUUGUCAAUAACUCGAAUUGCAAUCAAACAAUCUAUGCAUCAUCUAAAAAUGCAUGUCCGUUAGCAUAUUACGAAUACUUUGGAAGUAAUCCUUAUUCCAGUAGUACUCUUUAUGCUCAAGUAUUUGAUUUUUCACCAUUACAAAAUAGAACAAUAAAUGGUUCAAUCGAAUACCUUGGUCUAUCAAUUGGAAAUGUAUAUUCUUCUUAUUAUCAUAAUUUCGGAAUUCAACCUGUUGCUUGUCCAGCUGAUAAUUUUGCUUGUCAAAUAUUAAAUCAUAAUAAGAAUACUUAUCCACUAGGAAAAACUCAAUAUUAUCAAUAUUCAGCUAAUAGUUUAUCAAUCAAAUCCUAUGGUCUUUCUACUCAUGGCGAUUGUCCCUCUUCAGGUUAUAAAAGAACACUCAAACUUUCAUUCACAUGCAACAAAACUGAAAAUUAUAAAGUUACAUCAUACAGUGAAAAUCCAAUGUGUACAUACAAUUUAAAUGUUCAAUCCAGAUAUGCUUGUCAACAAACUGUUUCAGCUCUCUAUCAUAACGUUUUACUCGAUAACUAUAUUGAUUUGAGACCUCUCAAAACUAUUUCAUCAGGUAAUUACCAAUUUCUAUUUGGUUCUGAUACAGUUUAUUUUAAUAUGGGUGGAGACACACUUCGAUGUAUGACCUCAGGUGUUGCAUAUCAAUCGUGUAUAAAUUUAACCGUACCAUUUGGUAGCAUUGAAUCACAACAAUUUAAAUAUCAAUCAUCUGGAAUAGAUAUAAUACAUACUUAUACUGGUACUCCAAAUAGAAAGUUUACAUUACAAUUAAGAUGCAAUACAUUAUAUCCAUUCUUGAUUUCAAGUGGAACAAAAACAAGUACUGAAAUUUCUAUUGUAAUUUAUUCAGAACAUGCAUGCACUAAAACAUUCUCACAAAUUUACCCCAACAGCCCAGCCCUAAAAAAUCCAUGUGAAUACACCUGUAGAACACCUCAAAGAGCUUAUACAGUUAAUUCCAUUACUCAUGUCCUUCUUUCAGGAGGCGUUUGUGGAGGUGAAUUCCAAUCAAAUUACACAGAUAUUCAAUUAUCAACAUUAUUUUCACAAUAUUGGUAUGAUAACAAAAUACCAAGUGAUUGGACCACUGGUCAAUUCUAUAAUCUCCUAUUCACUAAUUCUGCAAUUACCAAACAAAUCCUUUCAAAAUUUGUCACUAAAACAAAAAAUAAUUAUUGUAGCUACAUCUCUUACACUGGCAAAUUUAAAACAUUUUCAAGUAUUUUAGAUCAAUCAAUAGAUCUUAGAAAGUUUGCUAAUCAAUCAAUUCACAGACAAGUGGAUAGAGGUUUAACCGUUACACACACACCACAUCCAACAAGUACAACAGCAUUAGGUCUUACUAUUAUCUCUAUCAAUAAUAAAACUUGUGUCUUUUUAGAAACUACACUAGCAAAUGCAUUCACUUCUGAAACAAUUAGAAAUUGUCAAUCAAGAGAUUAUUGUCGUUAUAAUUGUACUGGUAUUACACAAAAUGAUUUGGAUUUAUUAAAUGUUAAAAAUGACUUAAAUAGUACUCUUUUAACAAUUGGUGUUUGUCCAAAUGAAUUAUCAAAAUAUAAUACUACCACAUUUGCUAAAGUUAUUAAAUUCUUUGAAAAAAGAUGGGUUGAUAAUCCAAUUAUUGGAAAUUGGAGAUCAGGUCAAUUCUAUGAAUAUUUGAAACUUACAAAUGUUGUUUCAAAAAUUAAUAUUCUUUCAAAAUAUGUAGAUUCAACAACUCGUCAUUAUGUUUGUACAUAUACAUCCACACUAGUUAAACCAAAGAAUUCAUUUGAAGAUAUAAAACAAAUUACUUUUGAUUUAUUUAAAUUAGCAUUGAAAAACAAAUCAACCAGAAAGAGUUAUACAAAUUUUGAUACUUAUUUCGCUCCUUCAAAAACCAAUUCAUCUUUUGGUUUAUCAAUGGUUUUUGUAAAUUUUAAGAUUUGUUCAUUCAUUGAAUCUUCAAUUCAAGAUUUCCAAAGUGGAAGAAUCAUUACUUCAUGUCCAAUUGGUCCAAUUGUUGAUGACGUUACUGUAAAAUCAAUAGAUAUUACUGUCAAUGCUAGAUUUUGUCCAAACAGUACAUAUUUCAGAACACUUUUUGCAUAUGUUGGUUCAACUCAAGCUAGUAUUAGUUCCAUGCAAAGAAACUCUGAUGAAACUUGUAUACUUAUCUUUAAAUUAAGUUCAUUAACUAUGGGUCUUCAAAAUAAAAGAAUUAAAAUUUAUAAUGAAUAUUCUAAAAAUAUUUACGAAUCAUUAUAUCAAAGAAAUAUAUUAUAUUACUUCAAACUCCCAAUUCCAACUGUAACUAAAAUUACUUACUCUGCUACAAAUCCAAAAUAUAAUUCAUUAAUUACUGUUACUGGUGAAAACUUUUUACAAGCAACUGAUAGUAAAAAUGGUUUAUUUGUAAAAAUUGGUGAAACUAAUGUUACAAGUACAAUUACAUCAUUGACAAAUACACUAUUUUAUAUUAACGCAAUUGGUGCUGGUUCAAAUUAUAUUUCAUUUUAUUAUUUUAACAAUUUAAAAAUGAAUAUUAAAAGUGGUGUUGUAAAUUACUUUACAUUUGAAAAUGUAAUUAUUAGUAGUUUAUCAAAAACAACAGGUAAAAUUGGAGAUUUAGUAACUGUUAAUGGUCAAAACUUUUUCAAUGGAAGUACAAAUAUCUAUUUUGGUUCAGAAAUUGCAGAAAUUACAAAAUUCACCUCUGAUAAGAUUAUAGAGGUUAUUGUACCACCAGGUUUUUAUACUGUAGAUGUUUUUGCAGUCAACACCGGUAUGAAUGCCUCAACUGCAUCGAUUAAAUUUACAUAUCCAUCAAUGAUUAUUGAUAAAUUAUAUUACGAUGAUAAACAUUUGAAUACAUCGGAAAUAAAUCAAUAUUGGAUAGUUGGUAGAGGUUUAGGUUCAAUUGUUGAAGAAAUACCAGAAGCAACAGUAGAUGAUGUUGAUUCAUAUUGUGAAAUUCAAAGUUGUACUUCAGAUGUAAUUGCAAAUAGUAAAAUCGAUUAUUCAAAUAUUUGUCCAUACUUGAAAUCCCAAUAUGCAUAUUAUUCAACCGAUUUCGAUCUUUACCUUUGUAGUUUCCCAAUAAAUGUUGGUGCUAAUAGAACAAUCCAAGUUACACUUGCAAACAAUGCCAGAUAUACUUAUAAAUAUUCAUAUUCUCUACCAUGGCUUUCCGAAUUCUUAACUGCCAAUAGUUCAGAUACUCAUGGUGGUAAUUGUAGUAGAUUAAAUUGUGUAACUCCUCCACAAAAACCACAAUAUUUAAAUAUUACAGGUUUUAAUUUCAAUCCAUUCGAAUUUAUUUCACCAUUUUAUGAUUCAAAUAAAACGAUUGCAUCUUGGAGAAAUACUUCAAGAAUUUAUAUAGGUACAUUUGAAUGUGGAUCAGUUCAAUGGAUAAAUUCAACCAAUGUUAGUUGUAUUAUUCCACCUGGUAUCGGUGCCAAUCUAAAAGUUAAUAUUACAAUUGGUGAACAAAAAUCUGAAAAUCAACUUUUAUUCUCUUAUAAUAAACCAAAUAUUACAAAUAAAAUUACAGUAUCAACUGAUGGUGCCACUGAUAUUAAAUAUGUUGGUUUCAAUUUCGUUCCCGCUGAAUUAAAAGAUUUUUAUAAUAAAGAAGAAAACAAAAAUGUUUCAGUAAAUUCAAUAACAAUCAAUGGUAAAACUCAAUAUAAAGAUAUUAAAUGGAUAAAUUCAACAAGUUUCUCAUUUAAUCCAGUUGCAGGUAUUGGUAAAAACCAUUCAGUUGUACUUUUAGUUGGUGGACAAAAAUCAAAUGAAACAAGAUCAUUCUCUUAUAAUCCACCAUCAUUGGAUAAUAAACAAUAUGCAGCACCAUCUUCAGGUGGUAAAACUAUUACAAUCAAAGGUUAUGACUUUGUUCCAAAAUCAUUGAAAAACUCUGUUAAUUCGUCAAAUGGUACAGUUUCUAUUAAUGGCGUACUUUGUGCCAACUGGGAGUGGGUUGAUUCUAAAAAUGUAAAAUGUACUGUACCACCAGGUAAAGGAAAAGGUUUACCAAUUCGUGUUAAUGUUCAAAGUCAAUUAAAUAGUCUUAAUAAUUACUUUUCUUAUGUUGAUCCAGAAUCUCCAACAAAUAUUGUAAUUUUUAUUGUUAUUGGAUUAGCAGCUUUGGUUGCAGCAGCAUUAUUAGCAUCAACUGCUUUACCACUUACACAAAUAGCAUUGGCAACAUCUGCAACAGCAGCUAAAUCUGGUUCAAUAUUAGCAUCUACAGCAUCAUUUUCAGGAGCAUUAGAGAAAUCAUUACAAUUUGGCUUCGCAGCAGUAACUAGAAGAGUUGUAACUCAGGUUGCAAAGAAUGGUAUUAAACGUGUAUCAACUAUAGCUUUAGCAAUGGUGGUAACAAAAUCAUCAAUGGGUGGUAACCUAUUAUCAUCAUCAACAGCACCAGUACCAACAUUCAAUCUUUUAUCAAUUGCUUCAACACCUUACUCUGCAGUAUUUUUCUCAAUUAAUCAUAAUGAUCGUAUCUUUACAAUUGAUAAUCAAUUCAAUGAAACUGUAACAUGUAUUGAUAAUAAUAAUUUAAGUUUCAAUUUCAACAAAUCAUUCACUUGUCAAAUUAAUGCUAAUAAUAAUGGUAUUAAAUGUAAUACAACCAACUUUGGAACUGAAAUUAAUUGUGGUGUUCGUUCAAAAUCUGCAUCCUAUAAAUUCUCUAUUCCAACGGUUUCAAAAGUUUCAAGUUCAUUAAAAUGUGAAUAUGAUGCCAAUGAAAAAUCAAUGAUAAUCUAUGGUCAAAAUAGUCCAAUCUAUUGUAAAGAUGGAUUUAACGAAUAUACAUACAAUCAUAAUUCUACUAUUUUCUGUUCAAAUAGUGAAACCCAAUCAAACAUUGUUGAAUGUGUUAGUGAUGGCGGUGAACCUGAACAUUCAUUCAUUAAUAAUGUAGAAUGCUAUAAUUACAAUAAAUAUUCAUCAUGCUCAAAGAAUUCAUUGGUAAAAGCUUCAGAUUAUUCUGCAUGCUUUGAAGUUCCACCAUCCGAAGUAGAGCCAAUCGUAAUUACCAAUCAAACUAUUAUCACAGAAUUCAACUCUGCAUCAAGUAAACUUGCCUGUUAUCCAAAAGAAGUAGAAUUUAACUAUGCAUAUAAUAAUACCCUCAUUUGUUAUAAUGUUAAAUCUGGAUCCAUCGAUUAUUCUGAUUCUAUCCUUCAUCAAAUACAAUACAAAGUUAAAGUUUGUAUUGAAAAAGAAUAA